AUGGAGCACCACGAUGAUCAUGACCAUGAAAAUGACGAUUACUCGUCGUCCUUCGACGAGCCCCAGCACCCGGACGACGAGCACCACCCCGACUCGUUGGAGUUGGCCCGCAUCAACACCUAUCGCCUGCAGCAGAAGGCGACGGUAGGGUCGACGCGACCCCCGGUGCCCCGCGAGGAAUGGCUGCCCAUGGGCGCGGGCAAGGAGUAUCCGCCUCUGCUGCCGGACCCGGAGAUGUAUGUGGUCGAAUUCGACGGCGCCCAGGAUCCCAUGCAUCCGUAUAACUGGUCCAUUCUCCGGAGAGCCAUCCUCGUCGCCAUCCUCUGCUACUCCACCUUCGCCGCCUCCUUCACCAGCGCCAUCUUCUCCGCCGCGUCGACGGGCGUGAGCCGGGAAUAUGGGAUCAGCACGGAAGUCAGCACGCUCGGGGUGACGCUGUACGUGCUGGGGUUCGCGGCGGGGCCGACGAUCUGGGCGCCGGCGUCGGAGCUGAUCGGGCGGCGGUGGCCGCUGGCGCUGGGGCUGUUCGGGUGCGGGAUCUUCACGAUCGCGUCGGCGACGGGCAAGGACGUGCAGACGCUCAUGCUGUGCCGGUUCUUCGGGGGCCUGUUCGCGGCGAGCCCGAUCUCGAUCGUGCCGGCGGUGUUCGCGGACCUGUUCAACAACGCGCAGCGCGGCAUCGUCAUGUCGAUCUUCUGCAUGGCGGUGUUCAUCGGGCCCUUCGCCGCGCCCUUCGUCGGCGGCUUCAUCGCCACCAGCGCCCUCGGCUGGCGCUGGACCCUGUACCUGCCGGCCAUCAUGGUCUUCGCCGGGUUCGUGUUGGUGGGGCUGUUCCUGGACGAGACCUACGCCCCCGUCAUUCUUGUCCGCAAGGCCGCCCUCCUGCGCCGCCAGACCCGCAACUGGGGCAUCCACGCCCGGCAGGACGAGGUCGAGGUCGACGUCCACGAGCUCGUCCGCAACAACUUCACUCGCCCGCUGACCAUGCUGGCCACCGAGCCCAUCCUGCUGCUGAUCUCGCUGUAUAUCAGCUUCAUCUACGGGCUCAUCUAUGCCCUGCUCGGCGCGUACCCCGUCAUCUUCCAGGGGGUAUACGGCAUGAGCGCGGGCGUCGGGGGCCUGGCGUUUGUCGGGCUGAUCCUGGGGGAGCUGCUGGGCGGCGUGUUUGUGCUGUUCCUGCAGGGCGACUACAAGCGCAAGCUGGCCGCGAAUGGGGACGUCCCCGUGCCGGAGUGGCGGUUGCCCGCUGCCAUUGUCGGAGCGGUGGCCUUUGCUGGCGGGAUGUUUUGGCUCGGCUGGACCGGCUACAACCCCAACAUCCACUACCUCGUCCCCAUGGCCUCGGGCGUACUCACGGGCUUCGGUAUAUUCUGCAUCUUCCUGCAAUGCUUCAACUACAUCGUCGACUGUUAUCCCACGUUGGCGGCAUCCACCAUCGCUGCCAACACCAUCCUCCGCUCGGCCGUCGGCUGCGCCUUCCCGCUCUUCUCGCGGCAGCUGAUGCAGAACCUGGGCGUGCAGUGGGCCGGCACCCUGCUCGGGUGCAUUGCCACGGUGCUCAUUCCGAUCCCCGUGGUGUUUUGGCGGUAUGGGCCCUGGUUGCGGAGUCGGAGCGCGUUGGCGGCGUCGCCGGUGGUCCGGGUGGAGAAGGGGGACGAGGAGGGGAAGGGGGUGAUGAUGGUUUGAAGGGGUGGAUGAGGUUGUGGUUGUGGACAUGGAUUGUGGAUUGUGCUGUGAUGUAUGGCUUGACG